UCCUUAGCGCCAAGCUGGGUAGCGGUUGUUCCGCACGAUGAAAAAAGUUUCUUGUAUUACAAGACCGUGUCUUGGAUCUUAUGAAGAACGCAAAUGGCACCCAAGACCGGGUCUUGCAAUACAAGAAACUAUUUUCACCGUUGUGGUUUGUCCCCGGCCGAGUAGGUGGUGCGUGAGCAGCUUCGCCAUGAGUAGUCCAGCUCUAACGCUCCUCCUUCUUCGGUGGCAGUCCAGUCUACGCAACAAACCAACCCAACCUUGGCUUCAGCGUGCCAAUUCUCGUCUUAGGCGCAGCAAGUGGUCCCAGGCUCUGAUACUGGCGUGGAUGGUGCGCUGUGCAGCCGACAUGGUCUUGGCACGGGACGCUGAGGCUAUCCGCGUCCCCCUGCGAUACUUUACUGGCAUGUAUGCGUGCGUGUUUGUUGUCCGCUUCUUUCGUCGCCGUGGUUCGAAAUGCAGUGCCAUAUUAUUUCAACUUGCUACUGCUUCUGCCCAGCUAGAGGAGACUGGCUGCCCAGAGACUAAGGAGCUACUAGUACGGUCUGCUCGGAUUUUAAGGUGGACUGGGGUAUUUUACACCGUUUUCAGGACAACGCAGAUCUUCGGCGUCAUUCAAUCGUCCGUCGUAUACCACAGCGACUCAGCGGCUGCAGCAAAACUAGACUCGUAUAGCUCUAACCUAACCACCAUCGUUUACAUACUCAAUGCGACUGCUAUGGUGGUCGGCCUCGUGGCCUUCUAUCAGAUGCAGACACUUGUCUACGUUCUCUUCGGCUCGUGCGCCGUGCUGUGGCGUGCCCUCGGCUAUGAGUGCGAGCGAAGCACUGCAGGUGGCAGCGGGCCUCUCUGUCGGCUAGCGGCUUUGCACGCGUUGCUGCUCCAGGCAGCUCGUAGCUCACGGCUGCUUCUAGCCGGGCUGCUAUUUCAGUGGCUACCCGUCAUCCUGGUGCUGCCGCUCCUAGCGACGGUCGAGCUCAUUGUGGCCUUCAAGGUGGACCUUCUGGCACUCACUUGCUUCACCGUCAUUGGUACAAUCUUCGUACCUGUCUGCAUCACAGGUGGAGGGCAGUUUGCAUCGCCAAGCGAUAGCUGGUGCGCACCCGGGAUUCUGCUGGCCAUUGCUUUGCUGACGUGGGCGGUCACGUGCAAUGCAGAUGUUCUCCCUACUCAGGCACCAGCUGAGGGUCAUCCUGUCACAGAACACCCUGCUCCGGUUAUUGCAUUCUCUCAGAAGGCUGACUCGCAGAACGUCUCUUCCACCACGAAGGAUGACGAAACCAACAGGGCGGGCGAUAACCUUAGUCAGGAUGGUGAUGGUGCUGGCAGUGGUCACUUUGAUUGCGGAAGCAAAGAUAGAGUCAAGUUUCGCAGUCCUCACUCCCGGAUAGUAAAUGGAGAGGACGUGGAAAUCACGGAAGUGCCGUAUCAAGUGGCGCUGGAGUACUCUUCGCGCUUCACGUGUGGGGGCAGCGUGAUCUCUGAGUGGUGGGUGCUGACCGCAGCGCACUGCUUCGAAAGGCCAUACCAAGCGACUGCUAGUCGUUGGCGCGUCCGCCUCGGCACAACGUACCGUCAGAAGGGCGGGCGCCUGCUCAGGGUGCAGCGGGUGGCCAGGCACCCUCGCUACCACGGCCGCGGGUGGGAUGUGGCCCUCGUGAGCCUCGCAGACCGCGCCGCUUUCAGCAGUGCUGUCCAGCCUGUGCGCCUCAGCUCCAGGAGCGACGCGGAUCCAGCCUCGGGUGCAGCCAUGACCAUCUCCGGAUGGGGAGCUACACAGUUUGAGUCGACUUUCUUACCCGACAAACUGAAGAGAGCCAAAGUGCAAAUCAUCGACCGGAGGAGCUGCUCAGCCGCAUACGACGAGAUCCAUCUUGGCCCUGUUCGACUGGACGAGCUCUGCGCGGGUGGCAACAAAAAGGAUUCGUGCCAGGGUGACAGCGGUGGAGCAAUGGUCGAUUCCAGUGGUGUGCAGGUAGGCAUCGUGUCUUGGGGUGAGGGCUGCGCGACUUUUCCGGGCGUGUACACCAAAGUUGGCAGUGUGGACAUCCGCGACUUCAUUCUUAAGACUUCUGGAGUUUAAUAAAAGGACCCCAAAUGCGGAUUCAUGAGUUACGGUCUGCCUGAUUGUGAUAUUUUGACCGCACUUACUGGUACUUGCUUAAGCUACUUUUAACGUUUAAACCACUAAAUACAUAUUUUUGACAUUA